CCUAUCGGACACAUCCAUGUUUUGCGCCUUCAGAAUGUCUUGAGAAAGAAGACGCUCUGAUUGUCCACUGGUCGACCCCGCAAGCAAAGGUGUGAUGGAAGCGGCCAGUACUUCCCUCAGAGAUGACUGCCCUCCCUGGGAAGAUGUGUCUCUGUCUGCCCCUCACAGAGACGAUGGUCUACUGGUCACCCAUGUCAACCAAACACAGGACUUACUGAGGUCACAGGGUCAGGCUGCGGAGUGGAAGAGCUCCUCUGAUUGGCUCCUGACCCACAGUCUCUACAGCUCCGGCCUCUCCCUCUCAACACUCCUCUCUCACGGGACCACCAAGAUCAGUGCUGGGGAGGACGGAGGCCUCAGCAGACAGCUGGAGAUCACUGCUGCAGCACUCAUUCACUUUGACUUCCAGCUGUACCAGGCCAUUGAGCUGUACCAUGGCAGAAUAAGAUGGCUGAACCAAGGAAGUAUGAAGGUGUUUGGGCUGGUGAAGGGGUCCAGAGUAGGGGUCAUAGUUGACACCUCAGAUGUUAACUGCACCAAGGACAGACUGCCAGAUCUACAGAGGAACCUCCUGUCUCUGAUAGAAGAGCAGCUCAGCUGUAAGCGUCAGCUGUACCUGAUGUCCUGUGGUACUGAGACCAGCAGCCUUUGGGACGGCCCCAGAGACGUCGACACCUUCAGACUGCAGGAGGCUUGUGGCUGGGUGGAUGAGCUGGGAGCCAGGGGGGGAUGUAACCUCCUCCAGGCCCUGAAGAGAGGCCUUGGCCUGGGCUGCACUCAGCUUGACUCCCUGGUCAUCGUCCUGGGCUCCAGCCCUGACCAGACCUCAGAUGCCCUCUUUGAUUACGUAGGACAAAACAUUUUGGGAAGGGCGUUGUUGAUCCAUGUGGUGUCCUACUGUAGCAUUAGCCCUCUGACCAUUGCAACUGUAAAGAGACUAGCUGAAGUUACACGGGGACGCCACCACAUCUUCUCAGCUUCCCUGGGUGUAGUGGACAGCAGUACAGAUGUGGAGCUGCUGUGGACAGAGAUCAAGGCAGCCAGAGAGCUGCUGGGACACACUGAGGCCCUGCGUCAGGGACGGCUGGGGGAGAUGAAUGUUACUGUGGUGGGACAACAGAUUUCCACAGAGUUGGACAGCUUUUCACUCUCUCCUUCGCUCCCCAGACCACCCAAUCACAAUGUCCCCCUGAGCAUCAAGCCCCCAGGUGUCCCGCCCAGCUCCUCGGCUGAUUGGCUGAGGAACCAUGGACUGAAAGCUAAGAGACUGGGGCUGUACCAGGUUCUGUCUCCCAAUGCCUAUUCUCUACUGGAGGGGUUUGUUCCUAUCCUGAACAAGACUGUCAGCUCAACAGUCCAUGAGAAGGCCAUGGUGCAGUUUGAGUGGCAUGAUGGAACGGUGAAGAACGUUCAUGUGGACUUGCCCUUAAUCUACCACUAUCAGAAACAGCUGAUGUCUGCAGUGGCUGUGUUGGAGAGGAGGGUGCAGUGGCUGAGCAGUGGGAGCAGGCAGAUCUGGGGGACAGUGUGUGAACAGAGGGUGGUGAUUGUGGUAGACAUGUCUAUGACGAUCCCUGGCUUCUCUCUCCACAUCCAGCACUCCCUCAGGGUGCUACUGGAGGAGCAGCUGGCCAACAAACACAGCUUCAACAUCAUCGCGUUCGGCUCAGCUGUCAGAGCUUGGAGGGAGAGGUUGGCCCUCACCUCACCAGAGAACCUGCAGGAAGCCUGGCAGUGGGUCCAGGGUUUACAGUGUUCAGGGAGCAGGAACACCAUGGCUGCUCUGAGGCUGCCUCUGGAGGGGGACCUCCAUGGGGGUGGGACACCCCCCCUCUCUCCCUCUCCUCUUCUCCCUCCGUCCCCCCUUCUCACCCAGGGCCUCUACCUCUUCACCAGCGGAGUGCCUGACCAGGAAAUUGCAACGGUGUCUUCAUAUGUGUCAGAGUGCUGCAGUGGCCGACCUCUACGUCUCCACAUCUGUCUGUUGACUGGAGAGGAGACAGAGGCACAGACAGAGGCACAGACGGAGGGUUGCCCUCCACCUCACCAUGCCACCAGGGAGGAGACUGAGGCACAGACGGAGGGUUGCCCUCCACCUCACCAUGCCACCAGGGAGGAGACUGAGGCACAGACGGAGGGUUGCCCUCCACCUCACCAUGCCACCAGGGAGGAGACUGCGGGGGCACUGAGGGAACUGGCACAAGCUGGCAACGGACGCUUCCACUGGAUCAGUGAGACAGGCAUCCUGGAGAGCGAUGACAUCUCUGCUCUGAUUGAAGAGAUGGAGAGGGCUGCUACUUAUUGGCAGAAGAGCGCCAUGCUGGUGGACUCCCUGACCCAGAAGUCUGACUGUAGGUGCCCAGGGGAGGAUCUCUCUCCUGGGGACAAAGCUCCGGCCCAGUCCCCCCUGGCCUGGAGACGCAGAGACAGACCACUGCCCCCACCGCGACCCACAUCACUCACCCUCGCCAGGCUGAAUAUCUGUCACGAUCGUGUGGGGAAGAGACGGACCAAGGCGCAGCGUCAAAUGAAGGAAGGCCGAACAAACAAGCAUUCCUCCUCUCAGAAGGCUCUCGCAUGGCGUCCCAGCAGUGCCACAUCUGCAAUCCCACCGGUUGUGUCUCCUUCAGUACAGCCCAUGACUGGUUGGGGUCCAGUAGAGACUAAAGCCAAGCAGAGGAAGCCUUCUCAGGUCUCCCAGUCUGUGUUCUACCUGGAAGAUGGUAACUUGGGUGUGGUGUUCAAGUCUUACCCCAAACCUAAAAGUGUCCGAAAGUCCAUCCCCUUAGUGACUCUGCCAAAGCAGGAAGAGAUCUGCUCGACCAAUCGGUGGCUGAAGAGGUUCAGUAUUAAGAGGCAGAAGCUUGACAUCUAUAAGCUGGUGUCUGGACCUGACUGUACUCAUCAUAAGAAGCUGGUCCCCUCGGCCCUCAAGAGAGUGUCUGCCAAAUACUGCUCCAUCUUCCCCAGUGUCCACAUCAACGGGAUGGUGAAGCACCUGCAGCUGACUCCAGGAGAGUUAAAACAGUACCUUACUCAGACUGAGAGACUCCUGCUGCGCUACAUACAGAGGCUGCAAUGGCUGCUCUCCGGUAGCAGGUGUGUGUUUGGGACGGUGCUGGAGAGGGAGGUGUGUGUGAUGCUGGAUGUGUCCGGCUCCAUGGCUCCCUGCCUGGGGGAGCUGAAGACCAAGCUGGCCUCUCUCAUCUGGGAACAGCU